AUGGACGCUCUAAAUGCACUCGUCGGCUCAGUCGGUCAGGUUUCUUCGUCCCUGUUUGCGCAGGUCAGAGGUCGUGGACUUUCACUCAGCUUCACUUUCAUGCUGUGCGCAGUAGCGUCGCUAUUCCUGUUCGACCCCACCGAGGCGAAUGCGCAGCAGAGAACACUCCUUCGGAGGAACGUUGCCUCUGAACUGGAAGUGUACUUCACGGCGUGGCCUUCGGCCACAUACUGCCGCAUACUGAACCUGACUCAUGACUACACGUAUGACGAGGCCGAUUACGAGUGCCUCAUUUGGAUGCGCACGACCAUUUUGAGUAUGACCACCACGCCGAUGUACCGCCUGUGUCACCUGAUGAAGCUCUUCCAUAUCGAGGAUCACGGAUUGUUGGUCGAGGACACAUUGCUACAGGCGCACACGCUGACGUGGGAUGAUUGCUACUUUGAUGUGCGGAAUGAAACGAAACGACCUGAAGAUUGCGCCGCUUGCAAAAUCGCCGUGGUUUGUGCCCAUCAGGUACAGUACUCGAAUGGACCAGAAUGCGCCAUGGCAACAGAAGGCAACAUAGAUGUCGAGUAUUGCUACGGAAAAGAUAAAGUCAACGCUACGGAAGCCAGCAAGCGGUGCGCAGAGAAGUCAUCGGCGCUGGUGGACAUGAAGGAAGUGCCCGCACCAGUCUACCACAGUUUCGGGAAAGACCCUAGGGUCAACAGGGAGUUCUGGGUAGACCUGACAAAAGAAGACGUGAGAGAGCUCAGCGGCUUGGUUGCAUUCGACCUGGAUGAUAUUGACUGGAAUAUGCCUUGCAUCACGGUGUGGUUCGGCGCUUUUGUACCGUGGUUUUACAAGCGCAACUGUAGCCAGCUGUAUCCAGUGAUAUGCGAGAACAGCACAUAUUCUGAGAGACACUGA